AUGCCUUGGCCGACGAGCCGUCGUCGAAACGGGCCAAAACGACUUCGCCAAUCGAGCUCGUCCUCCGCGGUCAACCACCCGUACAUCGCGCACCUCAACCAACCUCAUCAGCGCAUGACGGGUGGCAGUGCCUCGUCCUCCAACGGGGUGCCCCCUUUGAUGGCUGAAUCAAGAACAAGGUCGAUGGCACGAUCGUCAAGAGAGAAGGCCAUGGUCAGUGUUGAUUCGGUUCUGUUCUGGCCGGGCUCGUCGCCAGCGCCCGAAACUUCCGCUCGCAUGCGAAUCAUGGCUCGCUAAGUCGACUCGUUCCAUGAUGCGAUGUACAAGAUUGUUACGCCGCUCGAUGCUGGUGUGUUCGAAGCCAAAAUUAAGGCACUCGCAAAGGUCGCGCACGUCGCGCCGUACCUGGCCGCUAUACCGAAGCAGAUCCGAGAGGGCUUUGAUUUCGGCAUCAAGGACCCUCCGUCGGAGCGUCACAUCGCGAAGAACGCACCGCUCAGUGAGGAGCAACAACUGGUCAUGGACGGCGAGAUGGAGCGCAUGCUCGAUCUCGGGUACAUCGCGGGCCCGUACGACAAGGACGAGCUCGAGGCCGCGGUCGGUCCUUUCCGCACGAAUCCGAUCAGCUAUGUGCCGAAGUCAGUAGCGCCCGGAAUGCCGGUCUUACCCGAAGGCGAAACCGAUCGUUCGAACCACAGACCCUGACGAAGCGAAUCAUCCGUCGACGAGCGGGCAUGGACCGUCGCAACGGAAUGCUUCGUCUAGCCGUCCGAAACUCGUUUCCAUUAAUGACGACCUGAAAUCUGCGGAUUUCCCUUGCCGUUGGACGACCUUGCCCAUGUUGUACCGCAAGUUUCGCGAGCUUCCCUUGACGGCGGAAGUCUGCGGUUGGGAUUUCGCCGAUGCGUUCUACCAGCUCCCUUUGCGAUGGGACCAGCGAUCGAGCAUGUGCAUCUUGUGGCGCGGCCUCAUCUUCGUACGACGAGUCCCAUGCUUCGGUGGCAGGACUACUCCCGGUGUCUUUGGGAACGUUGCGGACCUGACCCAAGACUUGGUCGAAUGGAAGUUCCCCGGCGUGUCAAUCUUCAAGAUGGUUGACGAUGUUUGCGCGGUCCGAACGUCGGAUGCCAUAUCGCAAGAAGCCAUUCUUCAUUUCGUACGAUCCCUCGGCUGGCGCCUCGCGGAGCAGAAAGGAUUCACGUGGACGCGUCAGUUUGUCCACGUCGGGAUUGACUGGGAUUUGGAUCUAAUGACUGCGAGGGUCACCGAUCAGAUGCGCUACAUCGACGCCUUGGUGAAAGGUAGCUGCGCCGAUCAGAAGGAACGCUCGGAGGUCGAGUCGGUCACUGGGUCGUUGGGGUAUGUCGCCUACAUCCUACCUGCAUUACGGACCCAUCUCAACUGUCUAUACAGACAGUGUAUCGCGCACGGGGACCGGAAGGCGGUAUCGCGGGCGCGUCGCCUGGACCGUCGCACGUACGAUCAACUCGAAUACUGGAGAAGGUCCCUCUCGUCGGAAGGCCCAUUCUCCACGUCGUUCGAGGCCCUCCCGAUCCCAUCGAAGCUUGCGCUAGCGUGGGAUGCCUGUAUGCACGGACUAGGCAUCGUCAUCACCGGAUACUCCGCGUACUUCGCUCUCCCCGAGGGGUGGACGGAUCUGCCACCGCCUCGACACUCGGUCUCGAUCACGAACGCAGAGGCGUGGGCGGUCGAGGCGCUGGCCGAGGCUGCGUUACGAAUGUCUAAAGACGAUAGACAUUUCGUUCUACAAUGCGACAACACCGGGGUUGUGCUUGGAUGGAGGAAAGGGCAUUCGAUGAAUCCCUUGUUGAACUCGUCGCUUUCAAACCUGCGCAGCCUUGAGGAAAUUCGAGGUGUGAAGUGGUCGAUUUAA